AUGGAAUUGAGGUUAUACGAGGAUCGCUUUCUUGGGUUUCGCUUCACUGAAGAACCAUCAAGUACAAUAGUUAAAGAUGGUCGUGUUCAGUUGAACUGUAAGCAUGCUAUCAACUCAUCUUCGAAUAGUGACGUUCAUAAUGUACGUAUUGAAUGGCGCAAGGAUGGCACUCCGCUCAGCUCGUUGAGACCAUCCGGAAGAGUAUUGGUCCUACCAAAUGGUUCACUCUUGAUCGAAAAUGCUGGUUCGGCCGAUCACGGUAUUUAUCAGUGCAUUGUUCACAUUGUUGAUAAAAAUGAUUUCACAUGGACAUAUGUUUCUAAGCGUGCUUCUGUUCACUUUCCAUCAUUGAGCAGGUUUGAAGUACAGCCUCAGGACCAUGAUGUAUAUAGGGGCCAAGCAGUUGCUUUUUCGUGUGUUUUGGACUCACAGCCGCCAGCAGUUAUUCAGUGGUAUCAUAACGAUCGGUUGAUAGUUGAUGAUGCUGAUGCGUCAAUAACGAUCUUUCCGCUUACAUCUACACUCGAAAUCGGUAACGUGCAGUCACGACAUGAAGGCAAAUAUAAAUGUGUCGCGAAGAACGCUGAUAAAUCACGUAUCAGUCGUGAUGCGAAACUCUCGAUUCGACCAGAGAACAACGUGGGUAACGAAUUUUCGGAACCGUCAUUUGCGUUAGAGCCACGCGGUGAGGUACUUGAUGAAGGUGAUUCAAUUGUGUUGGAAUGUCUAGCGAAUGGAUGGCCAAAACCAGAUGUGCGGUGGUUGAAGGGAUCACAAGCAAUUUCUGCAGACGGUGAUCGGAUAAGACGAUUAGGUACUUCAUCGCUGUUGAUUUUGAAAGCAUCACCAAACGAUGCUGGUGUCUAUACUUGCCGUGCUAGCAACACCCAAGAUUCAGCUGACUCCUCUGCAACUAUUCAAGUCAAAGUAGCGCCAGAAAUAACCACGAACCCAAAAAGUGAAAUAGCACAGGAAACAACCGACGUUGAGUUUUCUUGUGAAGCUUCUGGAAAGCCGGGCGCAGUUGUGAGUUGGUACAAGAACGGAGAGGCGAUCAUUGCGAGCGAAUAUUUUGUGAUCGAGGCGAAUCGUUUACGUAUUCUGGGAUUGGUUCGUAAUGACCAGGGUGUAUAUCAGUGUAUUGCGGACAACGAUGCUGGAUCUGUACAAGCCAGUGCACAACUAAUAGUCGAUAACGCCGAAGCGUUGCAACAAUAUUAUGCCACGCUUAUAGCCACAAGCGAGUCAAUGAGGCACAUUGACAAUGAGUCGGAUACAUUCCAAUUGGCCGCAUCCGAUGGACAGCCACGGGUUCCAUCUGAGCCGUUAGGUGUGCGUGCCUCUGUGGUCGGUAGUCGUUUCGUUACACUUGCAUGGGAUCCCCCUGUGCAACGUUAUGGUUCUCUUCUUGCCUAUCACAUAUUCUACAAGGAACUGGGCUCAACUCGUGAGCGAAUGAUCAAUUCAACGUCAACUUCAUUCACGGUCACGCCCUUACAGCCAAAUACGGUCUAUAUGUUCCGUUUAGUGGCUGAAAAUGAAGCUGGCAUAGGUAAAUCCACAUCACAACUCUCAGUUACAACCACCAAAGAGCAGGCUGUUCCUGGCAAGGUGCGUAAUCUUCAAGCAACAGCAUUAAGCCCCGAAACAAUUGAAGUCACAUGGGAGCCACCCGGCGGAAACGGACCAACUGCAGUUCAGUACAAACUGUUCUAUAUACGGAAAGAUGCUGGACCAAAUGAAAAGGAAACGCAAAUUGUUAUGAAGAAAACCUCAUACACAUUGCAUGGAAUGGACAAAUAUGUGGAAUAUGUGAUUCGAGUAGAGGCCGAGGGAUCGAACGGUGCAGGUUUAAGCUCUGAACCGGUCAUUGUACGAACACUGUCUGAUCUGCCAUCGAUGCCUCCGGCUGAUGUUCGUGCUGAAGCAGCUUCGUCAACCUCAAUUCUGGUGCAGUGGUCACCGUUACCUAAUGAAGAACGCAACGGUGUAAUAACAGGCUAUCGCAUCAAAUAUAAGACCAAAUUAAGAGGCACUAAAGGCAACACGCUAGUGGUAGACGGUAAUGAUGUAUCGUACACGAUCACCGCUCUUGAUCCUGCCACUCAAUAUAUGCUUCGUGUUGCAGCUCUUAAUCAGAAUGGUUCGGGCCCUAACUCAGAAUGGGUGCAUGUGGAAACACCUCUAGAGGACAAAGACGAGGGACAGGUUGCCGGGCCACCGAUGUCGCUCAAAGUACAGCCUUCGUCUGAUUCCAUACAACUUUCUUGGUUACCGCCUCGAGAUGAAGGUGUCAUGGUUCGUGGAUAUCUGGUUGGUUGGGGUAUAAAUAUACCAGAUGUUGAACAAGUGAAAGUACCGUCGAAUUUGCGUUAUUACACCAUAACUGGUCUCAAACCGAGUCGUGAUUAUGUGAUAUCACUACGUGCCUAUAAUGUUAUGGGCAAUGGUUUUCCAAUCUAUGAAACUGUACGAACAACCUCGAUCGGCGUAAUGCCUCCAUCAGGAAGUGGUGGCGGCGGCAUCUUCGAUUCAUCCAGUUCAACCCCACCCGAAACGCCGGUUGGCGUGAGAGCAGAUGCAAUGUCAUCAUCGGCCAUUCGUAUCACAUGGAUUGAUCCUGAAUUAGACGUACCUUAUUCCAGACAAUACGCAAUUCGAUAUAGCUCGAACGCCGAAAGCAAUGGACAACCAAGGUUUCUGAAUACGUCUGAGACUGAAGUACUCAUCGAAGGCUUAAGACCGAACACUCAAUAUGAAUUUGCAGUUCGUGUUAAUGCUGGAAGAGCGUCAUCACCUUGGUCGAUGACAGCCAUCAAUCGAACCCUGCCAGCGCCUCCAUCGAGUGCUCCGCGCGACCUUACAGUGGUGCAACCAACCAAUAAUGAUCCACACUCUUUAACUCUCAACUGGCAGCCACCUAAAUAUGGAAAUGGUGAAAUUGAAGAAUAUCUAAUAUAUUACUCGGAUCGCGCAGAUUUGCCAGACAAAGAUUGGGUUUUGGAUGGAGUGAAAGGUGAUCGUCUUUCGAUAACACUCACGAAUCUUUUACCGCGUACAACGUAUUUCUUCAAGAUGCAGGCGAGAAACGUCAAAGGUUACGGACCGUUAUCGCCCGUGCUGCAGUAUGUACCCGGUGCGCCUCCUCCCCGUCUGUUUCAGGGUGCUGAAGCAUCAAAUGAAACUCUGUCAACGUCGUUGAUAUUGAGUAAUCCACUGUAUGCAGCAAUCGGUGUUGCCAGCAUUGUGGUACUUGUUCUGUCGGUUAUUGUCACGGCAUGGUGUGUUAAGUCAAACAACACUAAGUCGGUAGCAGCUGGCGGUUAUGUGGCUGGCAGAAAGAGUACUUCAGAUGGUAAAGGCCCACCGGAUUUUUGGAUCAAUCAUCCGCACAAUCAACACGUUAGAGCAUCUGAGUACGUUAGUGACAGUCCAGCAACAUCAGUGAACGAUUUGCAACGCUUUGAAAACCCUCUUACCGCUUUGGAAACACCUCCACCUCGCUAUCAAACUCUUCAAGGUAAUGGAACGUUGACACGAAGUUAUCAUCAGUCUUCGUCCAGUUUAGAAGGACGGCAAAGGACACCACAGGUGGUUUAUACAGGCUCAGCGAGACAUCAGCCUGUUGCAAAGAUAGACUUCUCUGAUCAUGGUUCAUCUUAUGGUUCAUCGCAAGCGUUACAAGCGCAAACGCCUCCGCCUCCUCAGCUACCCAAUCAGGGACCUCCAGUUGCACCCCCGUCACAAAUGUCCUCUGCUGAUGGGUAUCGUACAUUGCGUGCAGCAGCAUCCUCUUCCAACAGUUCUAAUCCGUUAAAGUCAUUCACGCAGUUAGCUGGUGCACCGCCACCCCUAUCGCCUUCUCAAGGUGAACGAACAGCUCAUGUAGUGCGACCAGUGGUAGUUGCUUCACCGAAUCCACGUCUUGGCAAACCAGCCGGAGUGGUGAUCGGGCAGAAAUCCUCUCAUGUACCAGUUGGGCGAGCAACUGCACAACCACGAGUGAACGUCAACAGUAUUUAUGCACCGUAUACAUCCUGUGCUCUUGCUGAAAAAACUCCAUUAAAUCAUGAGAAAACGACAAGCUCUGAACUUAUUGAUGCCCAACAACUUCAUCCAUCAAAUUCAACUGAAGAACUGAAUGCGCAGAUGGAGAAUUUGGAUACGAUGAUUGAUGACCUACAAGCAUUACAACAUGAAUUUAAUACGAGUGCUUAA